AUGGACAUGGAGAUUGACAGAAAGAGCUGGAGCCCAGAGUCUUCCUCAGGCCCAUCAGCCUACGAGGGUGACAUGAGCAAUGUCAGACGAACAUUCACCAGGCGCAUGACCGAAAGUUUCAAACGAGACCCGAACGCGAGCGUAACGAGGUGGGCGUCAUUCAGUGCGGCCGAUUCGAAACACUACGAUGCUGAAGCUGCCGCGCAGGCCACGGCACUAUCACCUCUCCUUCGAAGGCUCAAGGGUCGGCAUUUGCAGAUGAUAGCCAUCGGUGGCAGUAUUGGCACAGGAUUGUUCGUUGGAAGUGGAAAAGCUCUGGCAUACGGAGGGCCUGCGUCAGUGGUGCUCGCCUUCACCCUGACCGGUGUCAUGAUGUACUGCACAGUCCAAGCAUUGGGAGAGUUGGCAGUUUUGUUCCCAGUUGCGGGAUCUUUUGCUGCAUAUUCGACUCGAUUUCUGGAUCCUGCAUGGGGAUUUGCCAUGGGUUGGAAUUACGCCAUGCAAUGGUUGGUAGUUCUACCUUUGGAAAUUGUAGCGGCAUCAAUUACCGUGGAUUUCUGGGUCCAAAAUAUCACUCUCAAUGCCGCAUGGGUAUCGAUAUUUUUAGUUUUGAUCAUCGUGAUCAAUUUCUUCGGCGUGAAAGGAUACGGCGAAGCAGAAUUCGUCUUUUCUAUUGUCAAAGUCGCCGCCGUGAUAGGAUAUAUUCUCCUGGGAGUGCUCAUUAAUAUUAUGGGCGGCGUCAAUCGCGCUGGGCAACCUGAUGGAAGUUACAUGGGCUUUCGACUAUGGCACACUCCUGGAGCCUUUCACAACGGAUUCAAAGGUUUGUGUAGUACGUUUGUGACCGCAGCCUUUGCCUUCGCUGGCACAGAAUUGGUCGGCCUGGCUGCCGCGGAGACAGAAAAUCCCAGGAAAGCCUUGCCAAGUGCCAUUAAGCAGGUAUUCUGGCGUAUCACCUUAUUUUACAUUGUGAGUCUGCUCCUCGUGGGCACUCUCGUUCCUUACGACGACCCUCGACUUCUAAACGGCGAAAAUAGCGCCGAUGCAAAAGCUUCACCCUUCGUUAUCUCAAUCCAGAAUGCAGGCAUUGAAGUCCUCCCUUCUGUCAUGAACGUCGUCAUCAUGAUUUCUGUCCUCUCAGUCGGCAAUUCCUCUAUCUACGGCUCUUCACGCACAUUAGCAGCGUUGGCCGAACAGCGACAAGCACCCGCCUUCCUUGCCUACAUCGACCGCAAAGGCCGGCCUCUAUACGCCAUCAUCAUUGCCUCCGUACUGGGCCUCCUCGCCUUCCUCGCCGCUUCAAACAAACAACAAGACGCAUUCAACUGGAUGCUCGCACUCUCCGGCCUCAGUUCCAUCUUCACCUGGUCCAGCAUCUGCUUCGCGCACAUCCGCUUCCGUAAUGCCUGGGCUAUCCAAGGCCACGGGCUUGAUGAGCUCGCCUUUCGCUCCCCCGUCGGCGUCGUCGGAUCCUGGGUCGGCCUGAUCUUCAACAUUCUCGUGCUCGUCGCACAGUUCUGGACCGGUUUCAGCCCCGUUGGCUGGAGCGACAUGUCCACCAGUGAUCUCGUAAUUAACUUCUUCCAGGCCUACCUGGCCGCUCCUGUCGUGAUUCUCAUGUACAUUGGCUACAAAAUUUGGAAGAAGACAGAGAUCCUCAAGGCCAGAGAUAUGGAUCUAUUUACUGGUAAGAGAGAGAUGAAUAUUAAGAGUCUGGUUGCGGAGGAGAAGGCUGAUCGUGUCAAUUGGCCGACGUGGAAGAAGUGGUAUAAAUUCUUUUGCUGA